AUGGAAGUGUUUGAAUCAUUCUAUCGAAAUCCAAUUCUACGUGAAUAUUUCAAUCCAAAUCAAUUUCAUAUAACAUCAUGGGUACGUGAUCCUGUUGGUAUACAUCAUCCAUUUGUUUUUGAUUUUGAAAAAAAAUUUUUGGACAAAACUUAUGCUGAUAAUAUUUAUACUUGGUGGCAUAAAUGGUGGUGGUUAAGUAUUGUUUAUUCAAUAAUAUAUGUUGGAUUAAUUUAUUAUGGUCGAUCAUUAAUGGAAAAACGUGAACGUUAUGAAUUACGAUUACCAUUAAUUUUAUGGAAUGUUUCAUUGGCUUUAUUUAGUAUAUUUGGUAUGAUACGUUGUGUACCUGAAAUGAUUUAUGCAUUAUAUAAAGAAGGUUUACAAUAUACUAUUUGUGAUACAAGAAGUAUUUAUGGUAUCACUGGAUUUUGGAUAACAAUAUUUUGUAUAUCAAAAGUUCCUGAACUUAUUGAUACAUUAUUUAUUGUAUUACGAAAACAAAAAUUAAUUUUUCUUCAUUGGUUUCAUCAUGCUACUGUUUUAAUUUAUGCAUGGUAUAGUUAUCAUGAUUGGACAGCUAGUGGACGAUGGUUUGUAUUUAUGAAUUAUAGUGUUCAUGGUAAAUAUUAA